CAGGAUUAUCACCCAAAAAUGCAGCGUCGCACCAGCUGCGAUUACAGAAGAUCCGUAGCUCCGAUUAAUGUGAAACUUGAACAGAUUGAAGCCCAAAGUGUUGGGAACAACCUCUGAAAAUUUCAGCUCAAUCCAACGGUCGGAUCUCCGGCGAUGAUCGAAUUUGUGCGGCUGGUCUGUAAAUUCUGCACCAGCACCUUUCCUCUCUCUAUUCUGUUUUUUUUUCUCUGUGUGCUCUCUCUGCUCUGUUCAAUAUAUAUUUUUAUCUAAGUCAUCCUUACAAAAUGACCAAAAUGUCACCAUCAGUCAUACCCAGCAUUAAAAAAAGUCACGGUCCAGUAGUAAAAGUGAAAAGCAAACGAGGGCAUUUGUGGGAUUUAAAUCGUCCAUAUCUUCCAGUCCACUUUAAAUGAAAGCUCCUGAGAAAAAAAAGAAACCUUCAUUCCCCUUCGUCUUCCCAGAAGAAAAAAAAGCUGCAGAAAAAGUCUUCACUGUACAUACAGGUUGAGGAAAUUUACACUCAAAGGAAUAGCAGAGGAUAAAAAAGUCAAUUUUCAUCCAUCUAACCAAACAAAGGAUUAUUAUUGUUAGUGGAUUCAUCAUAUACAAGAGCCAUUAAUGGGGUCUCCAAUAAACCAUGGGACAAGCCACAAGAAUCAACCAUUGGGGAUGAAGUUCAUCAAGUGCCUAAAGAAGUCACCCCUCUCAUACAAGACACACCAAGCCAUUGUUUUGAUUGUCACAUUUUUCGCGUACGCCGCGUACCACGCGACACGAAAGACGACUAGCAUUGUCAAAAGUGCCCUCGAUCCUCGACCGUCCGAUCUCGGGUUGGAGUCCAUGUGGACGGUGGGGAAUGGGUGGGUUCCGUUUGAUGGCCCGAAUGGGACCCAGUUGCUCGGGGAGCUCGACGUCGCAUUCCUCUUUGUGUACGCUCUCGGUAUGUAUUUUUCGGGUCACGUGGGUGAUAGGAUGGACCUCAGGCUAUUCUUGACGGUCGGGAUGGUGGGAACCGGACUCUUCACCGGGCUUUUCGGAGUUGGUUAUUGGGCGGAUGUCCAUAAUUUCUAUUACUACUUGGUAGUCCAAAUGCUUGCCGGGCUGUUCCAAUCCACAGGCUGGCCUUCGGUGGUUGCCGUGGUCGGGAAUUGGUUCGGGGAGACGAAGAAGAGAGGUCUUAUAAUGGGGAUUUGGAAUGCCCACACGUCGAUCGGGAACAUAACCGGUUCCUUGAUCGCAUCCGGUUUGUUAAGGUUCGGUUGGGGAUGGUCUCUGGUCAUUCCCGGUUUGUCCAUUGCCUUCACCGGCCUAGUCGUUUUCCUAUUACUACCCGUGGACCCCGAGUCGGUCGGAGCUAAUAGAGACAAAGAAGACAAUUUUCCCUCCCUAGAAAAGGGAGGCAAUGAGAAGGGAAUACGAGAACUGCUCUUGAAACCGGACCGAGCCUCGGACGAAUGUGCCGUGGGCCAUACCGAAAUUUCCGGGCGGUACUUGUCCAACGAGGAAUCUGGAAACUUAUCGACAUUGUUCGACGUCGGAGGGGUGGUCGGCGGGGUUUUAGCCGGCUACAUUUCCGAUCGACUCAACGCAAGAGCCCUAACAGCCGCAAGCUUUGUCUAUUGUUCCAUCCCGGCCCUCUUCUUGUACCGAUGCUACGGCCAUGUCUCCAUGUCGGUAAACAUUGUCCUCGUGUUGGUCACGGGCAUGUUCGUGAAUGGGCCCUACGCGUUGAUCACGACUGCAGUUUCCGCUGACCUCGGAACACACGGCUCAUUGAAGGGAAACACGCGUGCGCUUGCGACGGUCACCGCCAUUAUCGAUGGGACCGGCUCAGUUGGCGCGGCCUUCGGACCUUUGCUAACGGGGUACAUUUCGGCUAAGAGUUGGAACGGCGUUUUCACAAUGCUGAUGUCAGCCGCUCUCGUCGCGGGUUUGUUGCUGACUAGGCUAGUCGUGUCUGAGGUUGCUGAUAAAUUUCGAAACCCCACGGGCGAAGACGAGCCGAGGUUACACUCGGCGGUCAGUGACGACGAGUAAGGCUUUGUUUGGUAGUGUCAUGAUUCUCAUCUGCUGAAAUCGAUUUUACCAAAAAAAAAGAAAGAAGAAGAGCUGAUUCUCUACCAGCUGAGACUGUAAAUGUGAGAUUUCAUAUCAACACAUUAUAACUUGUCCUGGAGGGAAUGGUAAAAUAAAAAUCAGGCAAAUUA